AUGGCAUCCCUGCAGAAGAGCGUCAGCCGAGAGGCAGCCACUGAGAGGAGAGAAGAGACUGGCGCUGAACCAAUGGCGACGAAGCGUGGAUGGAGCGGUUUGAUCUUUUCCUUCCUGGCUCCAAAGAAUGAACAACUAGAGGAAAUGCUUGGCCAACUGGGAACUCUAGAGAGAGGAAGAUCCAGGAGUGCUGGGCGAUCUCCUGCACGAAAGUCUCCAGCGCGCAAGUCUCCUGCACGUAAGUCACCCGCUCGAAGUACGUCAAAGUCGCGGGGAAGAAGUCGCACUCCAACUCGGAAGAAGUCUCCCGGUCGCCCUGCUAGGCUUUCUCUCAGGCAGGUCAAGAAACCUGAGACACCCAAGGCUGCUCUUGAGUCUUCUGCUACAUCUACACCAACUAUAACAAGAACAGAGCGAGAAAAGCAAGUGGAGGUGAAAGAUGUUUAUAUAAGCAUAAAGAAGACUGAUGCAGUGGUAGGAGAUGCCAAGUCUCUUCGGCCAAGGAAGUCUAAGGUUGACUACAGCAUGCCUCGACUUUUCACCAGAGAGAAUGAAGUGAGGGUGAUGUCCCCUUCGUUCACCAUCAAUCAGGACCGAGAGAAGCCUCGAGAGGUGAAGCACAAAGAAAAGCCUUCUGUGUGGCGUGUCCUAUCCAUUGUCCUGUGCACGUUUGCCAUCCCAGCAUUUGCACUUAUCCUGAAUGCCUUCUGCUCCAAGGAGAAUGAAUGCACUCUGACAAAACUGCCCAAAUUCUCAUGGAAACCAGAGUUGUACUUUGACAUCCAUGUUUUUGGCUACUACUGUUGCUUUGUCAUGGUCCAACUCAUCAUUCAAGUGCUGCCAAUUGGAAGAAAAGUGAAGGGACCUCACACUGCCGAUGGGAGACAUGAAUAUCGUCUGAAUGGCAUCUUGGCAGUGAUUCUGACCUUGGCCACCAUCCCCAUCUUCCAUCACUAUGGGCUCGAUCUCUCCAUCGUGAGGGACAAGUUCCGCCAGCUGAUCGUCUCGGCCUUCGUCAUCUCGGUGUUCCUCAGCGAGCUGGCGUACCUGAAGGCGCGGCUGCAGCCGUCGCGCCACGCGAACCCGGAUGGGACGACGGGGAACCUGGUUGUGGAUUGGCACCGGGGGCAGGAGCUGACGCCGCGGCUGGGGCCGCUGGACCUCAAGAUUUUCAUAUUCCGGCUGGGAUUGCUUGGCAUGGCAUUCUUUGAUGCGUUCCUCGUGUACCUCCUUUGGCGCAAGACCGGCAUGAUUUCACCCACAUUGACUUUGGCUGCAUCUUUUGCCAUCUUCACCGUCUUCUCAUUUUAUGUGUUUGAAGAGGACUUCUUCACGACCAUGACAUAUACGAAAGAAGGCAUGGGUUUUGUCUUCUGUACUUUCUCCACACUGAUUCCGGCAAUAUACACGCUCAACGUGCGACUUCUUUUCGAUCGGCUUGCAGACCCCAAACAAGGUGGUUCAAUGGAGCUACCAUGGUACUGCUUGGCUAGCAUUGCAUUGAUCUUCUUUGUUGGGUUUGUCAUCUACACGGUGAGCAACUGGCAGAAGAAUGCAUUCAAGAGGACUCCCUACCACCCAGGACUCGCAAAUCUGGAGACGAUUUCAACACCCCGAGGGAAGCUGAUUGUCAGUGGGCUGUGGGGAUGGGUCAGACAUCCCAACUACCUUGGAGAUAUCAUCAUGGCCUUCUGCUGGGCUGCACUUUGUGGAAUUCACCAUUCCAUCCCUUAUAUCAUCCCGGUGAUGGUCCUCUUUAUGCUGUGCCACCGGGCUGCACUGGAUGCAACCAUCUGCAGCAAGAAGUACGGAGAUGCAUACGACAAGGAGUAUUGCAAACGUGUCCCCUACAAAGUCAUCCCAAAGAUCUACUAGCAUCAAUUUUGCCAUGGGAACCACAUUGAGACCAUGUUCUUAGAGAGCAGCAUGUAUGAAAAGGAAGGAACAAUCUAGGUCUGUAAAGCCCUGAGAGACAAAAUUUGCUAAAGGGAUGUCAUCACUUCUCAUGCCUGUUCUGAUCUCAAGUACAAAGAAAAUUUUGUAUCAAGUUUUUUUGACACUGUUUCUACCUGUGAGAGACGAACAUUAUGUAUUUGACACCCUGAUAUGGUAGUUUUUUUUCUUACUGUUCCUUUUUUUUCCACUCAUGUUUAUUUUUGAUUGGUUUGAAUUCAUGCAUCUUGUUACUUUUGAUAUGUUGUUUUCCUUCCCUUUUUGUGUAGAAAUGUACACUAUGAAUGGAUGAAUAUUGUGUGGGAUUGUAUGAGGUACAAUGUGGUUACAUCUCUGGCAAUCAUGGUACCUGAAUGUGGUACACAUUUCUAGUGGUAUUUUCCUUUUUUUUUUUUAAAUCAGGGUCCUUUGGAAUUACAGUCAACCCUCAAUAUACUGCACCCCUCGCUCAUCACCGACUUUUUCCAGAGAACAAAUCUCCAUUAUAGCACCACCCCUGCAAGCCACCAUCUACUGAUACCAUUAGUAUAAAUGUGGUUUUUCUAAUUUUAAUCCUCUUUGCUCUUGUGCCAAGACUUCAGUAACGUAGCCACAGGCAUGCUGUGUUUCGUUUGAUCUAGUGGCACCUGCAAUAAGUGCCAAAGUUGGUGACAACCAACAGUGGUGCUAUAGUGAGGGUUGACUGUACAGGAAAAAUUCAUUUAGUUUUGUAUGGGAAAAAGAAGCACUUUGAAGGAAGCCCAGUGAGCUCGGUUUCCUUAGUUCUCUUUUUAAGCUGACUUUUAUGUAGGCCUGAACUUUUUUGUAUUUGGUUGAUCUGCCAAACCUAUCUCUCUCAUAUCUUCCACUAAGAAGUCAUGUCAAAGGAAGGGUUUAGAAAAAAAAAACUGAAGGUAGUGACAGUAGUUUCACAAGUGUACAAAACUUUCCAUCAGAUCUCACCAUAACAACAUUUUGUGUUGGGACUUUUGAGCACUGAGAUGUGUUGGGUAUUGCUCAAGAACAAGAUGGAAAGAGAAUGUCAUCAAUGAGCGAUGUUUUUCUAAACUCAGGAUUUCAUGAAUAUUCAAGGUUUUUUUUUAGGAAUAAAUGAACUUUUGUGAAUGUGUGUAUA